AUGAUUAACCCAAUAAGUCAUGUUUUAUUUGAUAUGGAUGGCUUAAUUUUAAACACAGAGGACUUGUAUACUAUAGCAUUUCAAAAUAUAGUUUCACAGUAUGGCAAAAAUUAUACAUUUGAUUUAAAGUUAAAAUUGAUGGGUACACAAACUCAUGAGACUGCAGAAAGGAUUGUAUCUGAGCUUGAACUACCAAUGACACAAGCUGAAUUCAUAACCGAAAGCAAAAAACAAUUUGAGGUAUUAUUUCCAGAUACCGAAGUUAUGCCAGGUGCUAAAAGGCUUAUCAGACAUUUGCAUAAUAAGGGAAUUCCUAUAGGAUUGGCUACAAGUUCUAGUGAAGAAAGCUACCAUUUGAAAACAGAUAAGCAUCAUAAAGAGUUAUUUGCCUUGUUUAAAUAUAAAACAUUUGGUUCAUCAGACCCCAAUGUUAAAAGAGGAAAGCCAUACCCAGACAUAUUUUUAGUGGCUGCAUCAAAAUUUCCUGAUCAACCAAAUCCUAGGCAGUGCUUAGUUUUUGAAGAUGCUGUGAAUGGUGUAAGAGCAGCGAAGGCAGCUGGUAUGCAAGUUGUUAUGGUACCUGAUUCUCGAAUUGAUAAAAGUUUAACUGACGAAGCAACUAUUGUACUGAAAAGUUUAGAGGAUUUCAGACCUGAACUAUUUGGUUUACCUCCAUUUGAUAGU